CCCCCCGGCGCCGCGGCCCCGGUAUGUCGCGGAAGAAAGCGGCUCGUAGCAAAGGCGGCGGCGCCGCGCCCUCCGCCGCGCUGCCCCCCGCCGCCCGGGGAGCCGGCCGUGCCGCCCCCGCCGCCCCCCCCGUCCCGCGGGGCGCCGCGCCCCCCCCCGCCGAGCUACCCCGCAACGGCGGCGCGGCGGCCGGGCGGCCCUCGCUCAGCAGCAGCGGCGAGUUCUACGACCUCGCCUUCAAGGUGAUGCUGGUGGGCGACUCGGGGGUCGGCAAAACCUGCUUGCUGGUGCGGUUCAAAGACGGUGCUUUCCUCGCCGGCAGCUUCAUUUCCACGGUUGGGAUCGACUUCAGGAAUAAGGUGCUGACGGUGGAUGGGGUGAAGGUGAAGCUGCAGAUCUGGGACACGGCCGGGCAGGAGCGCUUCCGCAGCGUCACCCACGCCUACUACCGGGAUGCCCACGCCUUGCUCCUGCUCUACGAUGUCACCAACAAAGCGUCGUUUGACAACAUCCAGGCUUGGCUGACAGAGAUUCAUGAAUACGCGCAGCAAGAUGUGGUGCUCAUGUUACUGGGAAACAAGGUGGAUUCAGCCCAGGACAGAGUGGUGAAAAGGGAAGAUGGAGAAAAAUUAGCCAAGGAGUACGGCGUGCCCUUUAUGGAGACCAGCGCAAAAAGCGGCCUCAAUGUUGAAUUAGCGUUCACAGCCAUUGCAAAGGAACUGAAGCACAGGUCCAUGAAGCUGCCCAACGAGCCCAAAUUCAAGCUCCACGACUACGUGAAGAAGGAAGUGAGAGGCUCGGGCUGCUGCAGGUCCUAAUGCGCUCGGUGCAUUUGUACAGAGACUCAUGCCAAGUGUUUGUGCGCCACGCUCUCUCCUCGUGGACGGUGUGUGCAUGUCUGUCUGUCGUGUAUGUAGCUGCCUAAAAGAUGAGCUGAGACGUGGGGAAUGGAAGCAGCAGCAAAGCUCUCUCGGCCGGGGGGGACGCUGGCCGUGCUGCAGCCACGUGCCGGGCGCUGCUCCCUGAGCCCCCAUCGCAUCCCUCCGCGCUGCGAGCCCCCCGGCUCCCCUCGCCGCUCGUCCCCACGCAGGUGGGAGGUGGGCGGUCGGGAAGGGACUGGUGUGGGCUGGGGAUGGUCUCACCAUCGCUCCUUCCAGGGCCGGGGCAGUCGGUGGACCCGGCUGCCUCUACCCGCUCAGCAGCAGCCAGGAGCGUUACGAGGCUUCUUUAAUGUUAGUAGGAAUUAAUGGUGUAAGGGGAGCGAACACCUUCCCCACACCUCACAUCUGGGUAGGAAAAAGUCCCAAAUUCCCUUUUCUUUCCCCGCGUAGCUGGAAUUCAGCUGUUCAGACCCCUGGCCUGGGGCGCGCGGGAAAGACUUGUUUUCGAGGCAACCAUUUUUGUAGUUGUCUGUCCAUCUUUCCCGUGGUGUAACACACCUCCUCGAUGCAGGCUUCUCCCCUUCCCCGCAGAAAAGAGCUUAGCCGUCCGUUUGAGUAAGCUCCUGCUGACCUACCUGUUGUACAGCGAUCCCCUGAAUGUUCAUCUGUUCCGUAAAGCCUUCGGUUCUUACUACUGCCGUUUCUAGUACUUUAAUUGAGAAGAAAUCGAAUGUAUUGCAGCUUAUUCUAAAUACCUUCAUGUAAGCGUGAUAGCGUUUUUAGACUGCAACAAUGCUUUGGUAUCUUCGAAGUUCUCUUGGGACAGCUCUUUGUUAACUGAAGAAAGCUGGGGGGAUGCUGUAGGCGUGGAUUUCGCAGGUUUCAGACCCUUCUGCCAGCUCUCUUCUACGGAUGCCUCACCCCUUUGAUCUGUGUCAGGCGUUUGGCUUUUUGUUUUUGUUUCAAGCUGCACUUGUAGGUACAAAUUUGAUUUUGGAUGAAGCGUUUGGCCUUUGGCAAUUUUCCUUGAAAAAUUCCACGCUCGUUGACACCGGGUGCCCCCCCGCCCCGAACCUCCCCACACUGCCCUAAAUGGGCCACUUGAAAUAAACCCCGUCCUUCCCUCGCCAGCCAAGCCCCAGCUCCCCCAGCGCCCGGCUCAGGCGCCCCUGCCCCUCGCUCUGCUCCGGCUGUCGGCGCUGGCACCGCGCCCCGGGCGCGCACAAAGACCCUCCGCGGCUACCGUGUGUGAUUCGGGUGGGCAGGGGCUCCUCGGUGAGCGGCAGGAAAACAAGCAGCUACUGCUUAAAGCGGGUCCUGUGCAAGAACACCAUGAAAAAGGAUCCUAAAGCAAACCUACUGCAAACAGCAGUUUUUCCUAAGUAGCUCUUUAGGGAGAAAUAACUCUUUCAACUGUCUGAUUUAAAUUUUAUUUAAAUUAUUUAUUGAAAAAAAAAAAGUUCCUGCAGGGCUAUUUGCAGCGCACAGGCUGGGGCAGACCCCUGCUGCCGGCGCCGCGGGCCCGGGCAGGCGAGCUCUGCUGGCAGCAGCAAGCAGGGCCCGUGGGGGAACAGCAGCCGGGGCCCCCCCAUGUCCCACCUCAGCAGCAGCGCUCCCCACAGAUCCCAGAAUCCCAGGCUGGCAGGGACCUCAGGGACCAUCUAGUCCAACCUUUCUAGGAACAGCAGAGUCUAAACAAGACGGCCCAGCACCCUGUCCAGCCGACUCUUGAAGGUGCCCAACGUGGCCGAGCCAACCCCUUCCCUGGGGAGAUUAUUCCAGUGGUGACUGGCCUCACUGUGAAAAAUUUCCCUCUCGUGUCCAAUCGGAAUCUCCCCAAGGGCAACUUGUGUCCAUCCCCCUUGUCCUCUCCAUGGGACUCCUUGUGAAAAGGGAGUCUCCACCUCCUUUGUAGCUGCCCCUUGAGUACUGGUACACGGGGAUCCAGAUCCCAGGGGCCAGCCAGCACCGGCACUGCUGCUCCUGCUGGAGCAGUGGCCAUCCCUUCCUCAGCAGUAACUCUUCCCCUUCACCCGCUCUAGAAGGCAGUAAUACCUAAGAUUUGCGAGUAGCUACACAGGGAAGGCUCUGCAAGUAAUGGGCGCCGUCAGGAAGCACACAGGGAUCUGUAAAACUGGCUGCUCCACGCUGCUUUGGUGAGCUUUGCUGCCUGACUAGUGUCUCCUACAUGAACCUGCCUCUCUUACAGCCACCUCCAUUCUCUCCCCGGGCUGCGUAGCACGCGCUUGCUGUUCGAGGUUAAGGAAAAAAAGGGAGUGGGGCUUUGCUCUAGUCCUGAGCUUGCCGAGUGCCAGUGCUUUGGUAUGCCAGCUGUGCAGGGAAGGGCCAGCUCAGCAGAGGCACAGAUCAGCUCAAAUAGCUCCGAUGAUUCUCGAUCCGUGCCCAGGCCUGCCUUUGGCGCUGCGUUUUCGCAGCUUGACCUCAGCAGCAGCCUUGUCGCGAGGCGCCAGGCGCUGCACAGAUGGGCUGCCCCCGAUGCCACAGGGAGUCUCCCUGAAGGUAAAAUUAACCAGCAGUUUUCUUAAUGCCCCCAUCAGGCUGCUGCCGUGGCUCUUGCUCACGGGGCAGGAAAGCCUUGCAUCUUGCCAUCUUGAAGAAAAGGCUUAAAACUCUUAACUUAUUCAGUGUGGGACCAAAACCAAUUAAAAAACUAAUUUAUUUAAAGAUGUACAUGCUACACUCUGGAGUACUUUAAACAUGCCUGUUGGGAACUAACUCUACUACAGCAGACAUCACAGCUGCGUUUUGGGUGUUACACCUAAACUCUAAGCCAGACUCAGCCCCCACCUCUCCCAGUCACAAGUUCCCUCUGUACUGGUCUCCCAGUGCCUGCACACUGACCUCACCCUAAAGCUCUUCCCUCAGACUGUUGUCAUCUUCUUCCACGGGCCUUUACUGCCACCAAGCGAUGAAGAAUGGUUCAGCGCAUUCAGACAAGCCAGAGGACUCGGCAUUACACGCAACUUCUCAUUUUUGCUGGCUCUCGUUUACAGCUUUUGUUUCAUUCCUGUUAAUAAAAUUUUUUAAUAAUC